GAAGUCGGCGUAGUUUUUCCUUAAUUUUUAGUUUAGGUUUUUUGUUUGUCUUUGUUUUGUUUGUAACUGCUCUCGCCAAGUUUGCUUUGGAUAAUUAUGAAAAUGAUCUGUUGAUGCAGAAGAAGAAACGUUUUAUGAUGGGGAACAUGGCGUCAGGGACGUCAACCAAACGUUAUAAAUACAACCACGCUGCGGUAGCCACAGACCACGUUGAGUGUUCCAGAAUCGGUCGAAAUAUUUUACACCACGGAGGAUCGGCUGUGGAUUCGGCCAUCGCCGCCAUGCUGUGUCUGGGUGUGGUGCACCCCCACUCCACUGGAAUAGGUGGGGGAGGGUUCAUGCUGGUUUAUCACAGGUAUACAAGGUUCUCGGAAGUGAUAGAUUUCAGAGAAAACGCACCGUUACUUGCGGACAAGAAUAUGUUUCACGGAGACCUGACAAAGGCUAUUAUGGGGGGCCUUGCUGUAGGUGUUCCAGGCGAAUUAAAGGGCAUGGAAGAAGCUUGGAAGAAAUACGGAAAACUUCCUUGGAAAAAACUGUUUGAGCCUGCUAUACAAUUAGCUGAGAAAGGCGUCAAUGUUUCCAAAUCUCUUGCCAUAGCGCUGGAGGUUUGGAACUUCCAUGUACUCAAGGAUAAAAGUUUAAAGGAGAUCUUCGCUUACAACGGCCGCGUUCUUAAGGCCGGGGAAACCUUGAGGCGCCCAACAUAUGCUAGAACGCUGAGACUCAUUGCUGAAGCUGGAAACGCUAAUGAAGUUUAUGGAGGAAGAUUUGGUCAACAGAUGGUGAACGAUAUCAACGCACAUGGUGGUCGCUUCUCGAUAGAUGAUCUAAAGAAUUAUAAAGUGAGAUUUCGAGACACCAUUGAACAGUCGUUUGGAAAGGGAAAACUGCUGACAUCGCCUCCUCCCACGAGCGGCCCGGUGCUGUCAUUGGUGUUGAAUAUUUUGAAAGGUUACAAUUUCACCAACAAUGAUUUUGAAAAUAACACAGCGUUGACAUAUCAUAGAAUAAUCGAGGCAUUUCAAAUGGCUUAUGCGAGACGUUACAAGCUGGGCGACCCGGAUUACGAGCACUCUGUUAAAGAAGUCGUGAAGCAGAUGCUCGACCAGAAAUUCGCGGAUAAAUUACGCACUAAAAUAUCGGACAAAAAGACGUUUUCUUCGCUGUAUUACGACGGUGCUAGUUAUGACGUCCCGGUUAAAACAGGCACAACACAUCUUGUUGUUGUAGCUGAAAAUGGCGAUACAGUUUCUGUCACAAGCACCGUUAAUGGAUUUCUUGGUGCAAAGUUUCGAUCCCCAAUACUUGGUCUUAUCUACAACAACGAAAUGGACGAUUUUAGUUCGCCUGGUAUGGUUAAUGAAUUCGGCCUGAAGCCUGCGCCCGUGAACUUCAUCCAACCUGGCAAGCGGCCGCAGUCCUCCAGCGCUCCGGUCAUCAUUCUCGAUGAGAAAGGUGACGUGGAUAUCGUCUUGGGGGCUUCUGGCGGCACAGUCAUUACGACUGCAGUUGCUCAGACUUUGGUGAACUAUCUUUGGUUCAAGAAGGAUGUUCACGACUCCAUAUCAAUGCCAAGGUUGCAUCAUCAGCUGUAUCCAGAAUUUCUUUUUGCCGAAACUCAAUUUCCAAUCACCGUCCUUCAUGAGCUGGAGAAAUAUGGACACAAGAUUAACAUAACAGACAAAAGUCACGGUGUUGUGCAGGGGAUAGCAAGGAUGUAUCGUGGGAUACACGAGGGUAAGAGGGAACAUACGCAACAUAAGGCGUUAUUUAUGGCCGAAUCGGACUUCAGGAAAGGCGGGAGGCCUUCUGGGUAUUAAAAUUUCCUCGCUAGUUCAUCCAAUUCACUCGCGUUUAUACUUUAUAAUGCUUGGUUACCUUUUUACAUUUCAAGUAAAGAGCGAACGCUAAUUUAGCGACAAAAAUAAAAUAGACAACACGUUAUAAAUUUCUCUUCUCUAUUAAAAUAAAAAUCUAUUAAAAUUUAAAAUUACUUUUUUGUACAUUCUGUAAUAUAAGUUUGCGUUCAUAAUAUGAAACUUCUAAUUCUUUAAUCAAAUUCAUCUCACUAUAUA